AUGGCACCAGAUGCGAUAAAAUUGGACAACGUGAAGCGGCAAGGAUACGUGCAUGUGCUGGAAGACAAUUCCCACAAUAGUGUUAAAAUUGAUAAUACAGAAAAUAUAGAAUUGAUUGUUAAUAAUAUACAAACAAGCGUUAUUCAUCAUCAUGUACUAAGAGAACAAUACCAAAAAUUCAUUGAAUUUGAUAUGAAGCCGCUAAUAAUGAGAGUAGCAAGUGAUACAAAAGAACCAAAUCGUUUGGUGCAUGUGAAAAAAAAAGAGCCUAAUCGCGGAUUUCUGAAUCUUUUAUUUGGCAAACGAAGUAAUGUUGGAAAUAAACGAAAAGAUUUCCAAUUAAUUGAUAAAUUCGACAAUUGUAGUUUUAUUUUUGCUUAUGUUGACAAAAAUUUCAAAAUGCUGUCACGACAAAAAUGA